UUUAGGAUUUACCUGGACUACAAUGCUACUACUCCCCUGGAACCUGAUGUCCUAGGGGCUAUUUCCACGGCACUGUCUGAAGCCUGGGGAAAUCCUAGUAGUUCUCAUGAUGCAGGUGUUAAAGCCAAGACAGUUAUAGACAAUGCCAGGAGCAGUGUAGCUACCAUGGUGGGAGCAAAGUCCUCUGACAUUUUGUUCACCUCAGGAGGGACAGAGGCUAACAACAUGAUCCUACAAACGGCUCUAAAACACUUCCACCUCUGCCAAGAAAUCACAAAUGGAACUGACCCCACUAGGGGAGAUAAUUCUGAUCAGCUUCCUCACUUCAUCACCUCUAACAUGGAACAUGAUUCUGUGAAACUUGUCCUAGAGAACCUGGCUGAGGAGGGAAUCGCUAGUGUGACCUUCGUACCUGCCUCUCAGAAGACCGGCUGUGUUAUAAAAGAGGAUGUGAUUGCUGCUGUUCGUCCAUCUACCUGUAUGAUAACUCUUAUGUUGGCUAACAAUGAAACAGGUGUGAUACAGCCCAUAAAGGAUAUCUUUGAGAGUAUCCGUCAUAUUAACAUGAGUCGUAAGAACCUGCCGCGGAUCUUGCUCCACACAGAUGCUGCUCAGGCUAUUGGUAAGAUAGAGGUGGAUGUCGUGGAAUUGGAUGUGGAUUAUCUCAGCAUUGUGGGACACAAGUUCUAUGGCCCACGUAUUGGAGCUGUGUUCGUGAGAAACUUAGGGAGCAAGGAAGUACCACUUUAUCCUAUGUUGUAUGGAGGGGGACAGGAACGAAACUUUAGACCAGGGACAGAGAAUACUGGUAUGAUAGCAGGACUGGGAAAGGCUGCUGAACUGGUGGUCCAGUACCUAAAUAACUACAGCAAACAUAUGGCCACUGUGAGGGACUACCUAGAGACACGAUUACAGGAAGUGUUUGGGGAUCGCAUCCAUCUCAAUGGAAAAUUUGCCACCAGCGAACGUCUUCCCAAUACCUGUAAUGUGUCGGUCUUAGGACAAGGACUAUUUGGUCACGUGAUAUUAUCUCACUGUGACAAACUGCAGGCCAGUGUUGGUGCGGCAUGCCAUGCCCAGAACAGACCGUCGCACAUACUGCUAGCUAUUGGCAUUCCUGAAUCUGUUGCCAGAAAUGCACUGAGGCUCUCAGUGGGAAGGGAGACAACUCUAUCAGAUAUUGACACAAUCAUUGAUGACCUGAAACAAGCCGUGGAAUUCAUCGAGAACGACUCUCAUACUACAGAAUCCAUAACUUGCUGAGACUAUCAUACAUACCAUAAUCAUUGUUAUCACUGUCAAAUCAAACGUUUUAGAGUUACAGAUGUACAUCCUUAUCUAAAAAAAAAAAAACAGUAUCAGUGAUGCUUUAGGCAAAGACUUCUUACAAUUUAUACUCAAAAAUUUCACUCUCUGAAAAAAAAAAUGGUUUUCGAUCAGUCUAAACUUUGCCAUUGCCACACACAUGAUUAUUUCAGUAAGGAGUAGUGAAACCAUCUCUUUGUUGUUAAAUUUGUCGUUUUUUUGGAAGGAUAGAAAUGGUGAAAGUUUCAUGAUAUACAGCAAUAUUUUUGAAAUAUUUUUUUUAUAGAAGAAAGAAGUAUACUAACCAAUUAUGUAAAAAAUAACAUUUUUUGAAGCAACACUUAAUUAAGGUCGUUUCUGUUUUAUUCAAUGAGGCUGAACUUUAUUUCACAAAUUAAUAUUACUGUUAAAAAAAAAUAAAAAUGAUACGAAUUCCCAAACUGAAAAUAGUGCAUAAAGGCUGCGGCAAUUUACAAAUUAUUUCAAUUUUGAUGUGUGCAAAAAAAGGUGUAAAACACUGAAGAUGUUUAUGUAUUGAAAUGAUAUUAGUUUAUUUUUUAACAAACAUUUCAACAAUGAAGAUGUUGGAUGCAUUAUCCUGGAAGUUAAAGAAUCAGAGUAUGACAUUAAACUUGAUAUUUUCUUGCCAUUUAAAAUAUUAGCUAUAUCAUAGGUAUUUACAAGCUUAAUCGAUGUCCUGUUCUCAUCAGAACUCUGCUAGAGUUACAGCUACAGUUUUAUUUUGGCUGUGUCAAGCUCUUCAUGUCUAAAGGUUGUGAUGUUUAUUUAAACCUGAACAGCAGUAAUUCAGUUCUAUUUCUGAUGAAAUAUAGGGAAGAUUUCCAAUAACAUAUUUGGAUAAUUCUCAAUGACAUAUCAGAAAGAUUUCCAAUAACAUAUUUGGAAGAUUUCCACUGACAUAUCAAGAAGAUUUCCUAUGACAUAUUCGGAAGAUAUCGGAUGACAUAUUGAGAAGAUUUCAAAUUUCCAAUGACAUAUCUGGAAAUUUCCAAUGACAUAUUUUAAAGUUUUUGGAUGACAUAUUGGAAAGAUUUCUGAUAACAUAUUGAGAUGAUUUCCAAUGAUGUAUCGGAGAGAUUUCCAAAGACAUUUUUGAAAAAUUUCCAAUGACAUAUCGAGACGAUUUCCGAUGACAUGUCUGGAAAAGCAUCAUUGCCAAACGUGUGUAAAUUCAGGUUCUGUAGAUCAGUUAAGAGUUGAUAAGCAACUUAUUUUUUUCCAUACUUACGAAAUAUUAAUUUAAAAUUUUUUAAAAUCUUUUUUGAAAAGCAUUAUGAAAUACUUGUAUCUUUCUGUUAUUUUAUUGAUAUUUACAACUUCUAGAACAUGUUAAUUGUUGUUCCUGCAGUGUGGUCACAUUCCAUUAAUUUAUACCCCCACUGUAUCUGUUGAAAAUUUGUAGUCAUGCUUGUCUGUUGUGUUUUUGAGGAUGAAAUAAACUAUGUUAAUUACCUAGCAUGUCCUAUAACCCUGGUAGGUGGAGAUUUUGUCCUGAAUACACAGGUUUACACAGGUAGGUGGAGAUUUUGUCCUGUAUACACAGGUAGGUGGAGAUUUUGUCCUGUAUACACAGGUAGGUGGAGAUUUUGUCCUGUAUACACAGGUAGGUGGAGAUUUAGGUGGAGAUUUUGUCCUGUAUACACAGGUAGGUGGAGAUUUUGUCCUGUAUACACAGGUAGGUGGAAAUUUUGUCCUGUAUACACAGGUAGGUGGAGAUUUUGUCCUGUAUAUACAGGUUGGUGGAGAUUUUGUCCUGUAUAAACAGGUAGGUGGAGAUUUUGUCCUGUAUACACAGGUAGGUGGAGAUUUUGUCCUGUAUACACAGGUAGGUGGUGAUUUUGUCCUGUAUACACAGGUAGGUGGUGAUUUUGUCCUGUAUACACAGGUAGGUGGAGAUUUUGUCCUGUAUAUACAGGUUGGUGGUGAUUUUGUCCUGUAUACACAGGUAGGUGGAGAUUUUGUCCUGUAUACACAGGUAGGUGGAGAUUUUGUCCUGUAUACACAGGUAGGUGGAGAUUUUGUCCUGUAUACACAGGUAGGUGGAGAUUUUGUCCUGUAUACACAGGUAGGUGGAGAUUUUGUCCUGUAUACACAGGUAGGUGGAGAUUUUGUCCUGUAUACACAGGUAGGUGGAGAUUUUGUCCUGUAUACACAGGUAGGUGGUGAUUUUGUCCUGUAUACACAGGUAGGUGGAGAUUUUGUCCUAGUUCAAGGAAUUUCCAAUCUAUUCAUUGGCCUAUAACAGGUAUGAUUCAAGCACAUUUUUCCCCAAUCCAACAGGCAAAUUGUUGAAUGUGCUAUGUUUAUAGUUCCAAAUUAAACAUAAAACAUCACUGAAUCUUGCCUAAUUGGAUUUGAUUGGCAAUCUCCAAAUAUGGUAAGGUAAGUGCCUGUAGUUGUGGUUGCCACUUGUGAUUGGCUGGUGUCUAGCUUAUGGCAAUCAUAUUGUUAUUUCAUAGAGUAUAACCAACUUAUAUUUUACCAUGAUCAAGAAAAAAGGAUUAGUGUUUGAUAUAAAAUGAUCUUGAAGGCAAAUUUUGUGUUCAACAAAAGGCUUAAAUACAAUUUGAAAAAAACAUGAUGACUUGUGUAUCAGAGAUAUUUUUGGUGUAUAUCCAUAGCUGACUUGUGGUUUGCUUCUUUUGGUAAUUCUUAUUCCCUUAAAUUUAUUGAUCUUUUUAUUUCGUUUAUUUUUGUUUAAAACAAAAAUGAAUUCAAAUGUUGUAAAAUGUUGUCAAAAAAUAAGUGAAAUAUUCUAUUGUCUGAUGUCUCAAAUCAAUAUUUCAACUUCAUAUUCAUUAUUUUGUAGACUAUAACCCAACAAACACUUCAUGAGGAUCUCUUUCAGUUUUCGCAUCUUAUGGAAACCUGUUUGUGAUUUUGACAUUAUAUGGAAGUCUGUUUGUAAUUUUGACGUUAUGUGGAAGUUUCUAAUUUUUUGGAACACUGUCUGUAAUUUUGACAUCAUGUGGAUAUCUCUUAGUAAUUUUGACUUUAUAUGGAUGUCUGUGUGUAAUUUUGACAUUAUGUUGAAUUCUGUUUGUAAUUUUGAAGUUAUGUGGAAGUUUCUAAUUUUAACUUUCCUCUGAAGUCUGUCUGUAAUUUUGACAUCAUGUGGAUAUCUCUUAGUAAUUUUGACUUUAUAUGGAUGUCUGUGUGUAAUUUUGACAUUAUGUUGAAUUCUGUUUGUAAUUUUGAAGUUAUAUGGAAGUUUCUAAUUUUAACUUUCUUCAGAAGUCUUUCUGUAAUUUUGAUAUCAUAUGAAUGUCUAUGUAAUGUGACACUGUGUGAAUGUCUCUAUGUAAUUUGACACAAUGUGAAUGUCUCUUUGUAAUUUUGACAUUUCAUUAAUGUCUAUAAUUUUGCCUUUACAUAAAUGGCUGUUUGUAAUUUUUGAAAUUAUGUGAAUGUCUAUUUAUAAUUUUGACAUAACAUGAAUGUCUGUUUGUAAUUAUAACAUUAUGUGAAUGUCUGUUUGUAAUUUUGACAUUAUG